UUGUUAAUUUAUUCUAGUAGUAGGGCCGGGCUCAUAAUCCUUAUGUUUGGAGUAUAAAUAGUAUAGUUCAUUGUGAUUGGUUGGUUGAACUACAAGAGGCAGGACACCGGGAAUCCACACUAGUAGAGAACGUGUGACCUAAGAAGAAACUUAGUUUGAGACAUCAGUAUUGGAUUUGAUUUUAUAGAAAAUUUGGGACAGAGUUUUUUCAAAUAACUUGCAGUCAUGUUCAGAAUGAAUUUAUGGACUAAACCGUUUUUCUUUGCUCGUGCCCCUUACCCAGGGACAGACCCAAAGGAGAUGGCCAACCCAUCCUUCCAGCUGGGCCCAAACCCCCUGGCAUCCCCUGCCUUGAUGGUCUUGGCAUCCACAGCCGAGGCAGCGAGAGAGGCUGGUCAUAUUGCAGCAACAUCACAGUAUCAAGGACAGGGAAUAGAUGGCAAAGAAAUGCCAGUGCCUUUCACCACAGCCUAUGCCAUGUAUAGGCAAGGGGAGGGGUUUCCCCCACCCAUGUAUGCACCCCACUUGGCACCUCACCUGAUGCGACCCAUGGGAAUGAUAAACCCAAAUGGAGGGGGAGCAUUCCGCCCUGUUACAACUGCCUCAGAUACUGCAGAGUCCCAGUAUCAUUCUGCUUUCAUUCCUGCCAAAAGACCGAAAAUUGAAGAAACUGUCACAACGCCAUCGCCUUAUCAUUACAACAGUGAGACUUUUGAUAAAAAUGCUCGGCCUCAGUCACAGGAUUCCAAUGCCACCCUGUCUCCAGCAGGAGGCAAAGAUGAACUGAGGGGAAAUCAAAUCACACCAAACUCUGUUGAUGCAGAGGCAAAGUCAGAGAGCAGUGACAGAGCGACACCAGAGGAGGGGAGAAAUCUCAGAAAGCAAAGAAAACGAAACAUCCAAGAUGGCUGUUGCCCAGUAUGUGGCUUGACAUUGCGGACCGGGGAGAUGGAGAGUCACCUAAUCAUGGAAAUUGAAAAACUGGACAAAAUUUGCAGAACUGGAAGAAAAGGUGCAUGUAAAGAUCCAAGUUCACAGGGAAAGAAGAGCUUCCCAAGUCCAUCUACCAGCAGCAGAAGAAAUUCAGAUUCCCCUGGCCUGGAUGGAGUGGGACAGACAAGAUUUGAGACGUAUUUGCGAAUCAAAGCAAACCGACAGAAUAGGCUAGCAGCUAAAGCUAGAACAAACAAAAGGAAGAGAAACCAGGAAGAAACAUCUUGCCCUGUUUGCAAUGAAAAGGUGAUCGGGACACCAGAGGAGCUGAAUGAACAUGUGGAAAAAUGUCUCAAAAAACGAGACAGUGGAGAAGAAGAGGUGGUUGAUAUUGAAGGGGAUCAGUUUGAAGAAUAUGAAUGGGCUGGACAGAAAAGAAUUAGAGCCAGCUCUCUGUUACAGGGAGGAAUGGCUGGUUCCGGCUUCCAAACAUCCAAAAAAUCUGAGUCUGAUGAAGAUAUCAAUUUGGAUGUAGAUGGAGACGAUUCUGAACAAUAUGGCGGUGUCCAGUACACAGAAGCUGAUAUCAUUCCAUGCAGUGCUGAUGACUCAGGGGAAGAUCAGGAGAGAGAGGCCCUCAGGGGAGCAGUGUUAAGAGGGGAAGGAACACAACCCAAGGCAAUUUCUGCAGACAGAAGUAAAUGGUCCUCUGAUUCUGCAGAACCUGGUACUUCAGAAAGCCCAGACAACUCAGAUGAGACCGUAUCCAGUUCUGAAACUGUCCAGGUUCAAGAUCCCAAGGCUAAGGAGGUCAUUCAGGCUCUUAAAGCCAAAGUGAAGGAUCAAGAAGAUCAUACCACGAAAGGGGACAAAUUUAAAUGCUUAAUAUGCAUGGAGCCUUAUGCAUCCCCUUUAACCUCCAUUCAGUGUUGGCAUGUCCACUGUGAAGAGUGCUGGUUGAGAACUUUGGGAGCCAAGAAGUUGUGCCCACAGUGUAACAUGAUCACCUCUGCUGCAGACCUCAGGAAAAUCUACCUGUAAGAGGUGUCUGGAAGUACAACAACAACCCCAACAUACUAAGAACUGCAUUAUAUUCAGCAUCUUCCUAAUAUUGUCUGGGCAUGCCUGUGUCACUAAGGCACUGGUAGUUGAUUAAAUGUCUCCAGGACACCACGAAGAUAAACGGGAGAGCUAUUUGUACAUAAUAGCAGACAAUAUUACUUGACUGCUGCUUCUACUGUCUAUGAAUAAAUUGUUUUCGUGUAACUGCAGAAUUUAUGGUCAUCAUAAAGGCAUGUUCAGGAGAGGCAAACAUGCCAUGUUGUUCCUGUUUGUGACCAUGUGAUCUCUGGUCUAACAGCACAAGAUUUCUAGAGAGAAUUUUUAAAGCUCAGGCUUGAUGUAUUUUCUUUAUUGCAAAUGUGAUUAUUAAGUAGAGACUGCUUCCCCUUACCUAACAUUUUCAAUAUAGAGUUGAUGUUUUUUUUUUACUUUUAAGAUUAAAAUGGAUAGUUAUAACUAUUGUGGUGCCCUGGUUGCUUCCAUUUGAAGUAGUUGCAUUGUUAAAUGUAACAAUACUGAUAAGCCUUGAAAUACUUAUUCUGUUAUGUCAGUAAUGCUAAUUUAUGAGCAGGGUUCUUCCAUUUGUUAUGCACAGCAGAUUGUAUAUAGGAAGUUGCACUGAAUUUUGUAAACCAACUUAUUUUAAAUAAAUGUUGAUUGACCCUUCAGCAAUCUAAUAGACACCCGAGUCUGCAGUGCUGAUUGUACAAUUUAUUGGUACAUUCAUUGGUAUAAUAUUAUAUUUAAUCAAAACACCUGUAAUAUUGAUAUUGGCCACCAAUUAUUUUCAAAAGUAAUUCUUUUGCUUAAACAAUACAGUAAAGACAAACCCUGGAAGAUGGAUGGUCCCCUAUUUAAUGAAUGCGAUGCCCCUUCCAACCUUCAAUAAAAAAUACCAUAAUUUUUUUUCAUUUUUUCAUACCUAAAUCCUCAUUUGCAUUCAUAAGGCUGAAACCUAAGUUAACUUUGUCAAGAUUGUUCUAACAAAGAUUUCUAAAUGCCCUGACCAGUUUGUACCUAUUACAAUCUAUUAAAGAUGCAACUCAUGAGAUUGUGGUCUUGUGUCUUCCACUUUUGUCUGUGCACUUAUUGAAAAGGCAUGCUAUAUAUAUAUAUAACAUUUUUGAAAAUGGAUAACUAGACCAGAAGUGGGAUGAAAAUCCCACUUUAGAAAGGAAAAUAAGCAAAACAUUACUAAUUUGUUUAACAAGAAAUGAAAGAGAACAGUGUUAAGGUGAAAACCCCUUCCACAUGUAAAAUUGUACCAUUAAACAGCCUGUGACCCAUUUCACGUAAAAUGUAUAAUUCCAUGAUAUGGUCUUUCUCAUAAGGGUUAAGAUCACAGUUACUGUAAAUAAGGUACUUUGAAGGUCAAAUAUUUACUAUUUUACUACGUAAACAUGCAGUACGUACCUGUAACAUUAUAUGAGUAACAUAGCCAACGAUGUUAACAUGUAACAUUAAAAGCCAAAUAUUAAUAAUUUGUUACUAUUUAGAUCUCUAAAGCUACAUCAUUUUACUAAACAUUUGUACAACAACAAUCCAUUUGCCGUUUAUGUUAACAUUGUGUGUGUUAAUUAAUAACUGAGUCAAUGUUUUACCA